AUGAACAGUAAUGGUGAUUCCACCGUAAAAUCGCCCACCGACGACCCCGGCAGCCGCGACGCCCGACUCAAGGAGGAAAGAGCCGCCUCGUCCACUGCCUCGCCGCCCCGGCAGCUCAAGCCGUCGCUCGACGCGCUGCAAAAUGGCGCCAACAACGACCAUGACGACGCCGCAAACGAGUCCGAGGCCGAGACGGUUGUGCUGGACCACAAGGCUGAUGCUGACCGGGCCGAGGCCAAGGUGAUCAAGACGGAGCGCAGCGACGACGACGAUGCAGCACGGCUGUGCUCCGUCAAAGAAGCAGUCAAUGGCCGAAGACACUCGCUCGACAAGCCCAACGGCGCGAAGCCUGGCUCCGAUGCCGACGUCAAAAGCCCUGUACCCACCUCGCCCAGCAGCCGCACCACCUCGCGGCACACCAAAGAGACGAGCCCGACCGACUCGGCCAGAUCGCCCGUACACUCUGCGGCGUCACCUCCACAACCCACAGGGCGCGGCCGCAGCGCGUCUACCGUCGAAUCUCGUAAGCGCAAGCUGCGCGACGAUUCGCAUCCCAAAGGCCUCGAACCGCCGCGGCAAAAGGCCAAAACAGAGGGUAUACGGGAAAUGCGCCAGCCAACGUCACCAGCAACACCAGGACUAGGCCGGCCUCACAAACGUUCGCAAUCGACACAAUCAUUCAUUUCCGGGGCGACCGGCCGCAAGCGCAAGGACAUGACUUCACUGGCAGUGUCAACAGAGCGCAAGCACUGGUCCUCCGACAGCUCCGAAAACUCGUCUUCACCACGGCCCACGCAAACACCAAAUCCGGCCACGCAACCGCGCUCUAGAGGACGCCCUGGUCGUGCCCAGACGUCGCCCGGACGCACAAUGGCACCUCGACGCGUCGACAAAUUCGGCUCAACCCGCCUUGCGAGGGAGAGUGAGAAAGGGAAUCUCGACGCACUACAGGCUGCUUACGACGCAGCACCCGAGGAGAUAGAUGUGCCAGACUUUGCCGGCAUCACUCCAUUACAGAAAGCUUCGCUACACGGUUGGGACGAAGUCGUUGGAUUUCUGAUUAGCAAAGGAUGCCGCACAGACUGUGAAUCGAACGACCGAGAUACGCCGCUUAUUGACGCCGUCGAGAACGGACAUCUGGACGUGGUGAAGAUUUUGCUGAAUGAAGGACAUGUGAACCCGCACCACCAGAACAAGAAGGGACAGCGCGCAAUUGACGUACUGCCCAGCAAGAACGACGUCGACCAUCCCGAAGACGUGGACGGUAUUGAGAAGGAGCUCAGGGCUGCUAUGCGACGCGAGGUCAACACCCCCGCUGCCACCGAGGAGGAGAGCAACGCGACAGUGACACAGACUAAGUCGACUUCGCGGCUGCUGUACAAUGAAUACAAUACCGAAACUUUGGUUGAGAAAGCUGGAGAUGGGGAUAUCUUGGCGGUUGGGGAGCUCAUCAACAGCAACGUCAAGAUCAACAUUGCCUGUGGCGUUGCUGCCUCGCGUGGCGGACAUUAUGACAUUCUCAGUAUUCUUUUGGCAAGUGGACUCAAACCGGACCCUGAUCCCUCGAAACAUAGCGAGACACCCAUGCUCGUGGCUAUCGGCAGAGGUCACUUAAAGAUCGUGAGCCUGUUGUGUGGGAAUGACAACUUCAACCCCACGAGGCGAAACCGAGAUGGGAAGACCUACUGGGAAAUAUCUGAAGAGCGGCGGGGUCCAAAAUGGGAGCAAGAACGAGACAUUCUCAAGAAGGCCUACGAUCUUUAUUCCACGACUCGCAAGAGCCCCAAGAGAGUGAAGAAAGAGCCACCGAACCGUCCUGCCCAAUUGAAGCGGAAGUCGUCGCCAUCAAUACGCCGGGAUCGCUCGUCAUCCCCUCGACCGACUCACAAACCUGCCUCCCUUCAGAAAUCUACAACUGCUCCGCAAGCACCACAAAAGUUGAGGAGGCUGAUGUCUGGUAAAGAGAUGGCAAGCCAGAACGUCAAAAGGCAUAGACGAGUUGUUGACGAUGAGACCAGCGACGAGGACAGCGACGAGGAGGUGCGGGCGCCUGCAAAGAAGUCUACCAAGCCACGUUCAUACAGCGACGGCGAAGAACAUCACAAGUCUCUCAAGCGGGUCAAAGGAGGCGAUGAGCACAAUCCAUCAAAGAAAUUACCGAGAGCCGCCUCUCACGACCACAGCGAUCACGAUCGACCUAAGUCGAAAAUGCACACGAAGGUGGAAAGCGAUCAUAUCAAGAGCAGCCUGGGAACGGACUCUGCGGAUGAGAAGCGAGUUAAGCAGAAGACGAAGCCACGGCCCAUGGAAAAGGACGUACAUAAUAUCAAGAAGCGGCGGGCCUCGAAUGACUCGCUUGAUGAUACGAAAGUAAAGAGAACACCUAGUGCAUCGGCAAAAUCGACGCCUGCACCCCCUGAAAAGGCAGGAACCCCAGACUUGGUUCGCGAACGCCGUCUGGAGGAGCAGAAGCGGGCAGAAAAGCAGGCAGAGGCUAAGAAGAAAGCUGCUGAGGAAGCUGCGCGCAAGCUGGAAGAGGAAGCCGCUCGAGAACGCGAAGAGGAGGCUGCGCGGAAGAAGAAAGCGGAAGAAGAAUCUCGUAAAGCUGCCGAAGAAGAAGCGCGGAAGAAAGCAAAGGCGGAAGAGGAAGCGAGACGUGCCGCAGAAGAAGCAGAAGCCGCUCGCAAACGAGAAGAGGAAGAAGAACAGCGACGUGCAGCAGAAGAAGCGCAACGACAAGAAGAGAUUCUUGCGCGGCAACGGCGGGUCGAAAAGCUUCCUCGCGCGCUGCGUAGAGCGUGUCAACUCGGACACAACCGACCGCUCCAUUUCUCUGGCGAAGAGCUGGGCAUUUCCGCUAUAUUCCUUCCAAUAUUUUACGCAACAUCCGCCGAUCUCCAAGCCGAAACAAGCAACAAGGUGUAUAUACCCUCUUUUCAGGCGGUCGGCAUCCUAGGCCUCCCAGAGCUUGAUCUUGCAAAGCUGCACGAACCUUACUGCUCUUGGCCACGCAUACCUUUCACGCCCAAGCAUCGCGAUCUCCUCCUCCGCCAAUACGACGUUGCACUUCUGGCACAAGACUUCCGCUUUCCUAUGGAAGGCGCGCCGGACUUUGACUACGCACGGAUACAAGAGUCUGUCAAGGAAGCCCGCCAGCAGUUUCUGGAUAUGGAAGGCUUGUAUUGGAUCGAAGAUUCGAUCCUCUUUCCAGAAAUUGAAAAGGUGGAAAGCAUCCAGCCGCUACUGGCGGAGACCAAGGACGUCAAAAGGAGGAGACAAAUUCACCUCGCGGAAGCUCAGACCAUGGCUGUUCCGGAGAAGAAACACAAGCCGAGAAAGAGCUUUAUGGAUAUGGUACUUGCGCAGAACAGGGUAAAUGGCGUGGCGCUGCAGGUCAAUGGGGAUGGAUGA